AUGAAUAACUUGGCAUCUCAAAAAGAAAAUAAACUCAAAAAAUUUUAUAAACUUUUGACACAAAAAUUAAAAUUUCAUGAUCGUUCAUCAGCAAAAUCCAAAAAUAAUGACGAAAUUGCCACUUUGAAAUCCACAUUUUUCCCCGAACUAUUAACAGAGAUGAGAAAUGUAAUCGAUCCAGGGCCCCGAGACGAACAUUUAUUCUCUUGUAUUGAAGAUUGGUGCAAUUCUCACGAUAUAACUAAAAAACAAAUGAUACAACAUGCUCGUGAGUUAGUGAAAACUAAUUCGGAAUAUGCUUGUCUGUUGGGAUUAUGCUAUCACUAUGGCGUAGGGACUUCAAGGAAUUAUAAAAAGACUUUUAAAUAUUAUUCGAAAGCCGCAGAUUUUGGAGAUCGAUUCGGGAUGAAUCAGUUAGGAUGGUGUUUUCGUAAACAAUUAGGUACUAAACAGAAUUUAGCUCUUAGUACGCUAUGGUAUCAGCGUUCAGCAUCAUUAGGGGAUCCUACCGGUCAAUGUAAUCUGGCAUUUUGCUUUUACGAUGGAGAUGGCACCAAAGUAGACAAAUAUAUUUCCUACAAAUUGUUUGAGAAAUCCGCUAUCGCUGGAAUCGAUACGUCGCAACAAAAAGUUGUCAAAUUAUAUUUGCAUGGAAUUGGGACAGAGCGUGAUAUACAUAAAGCGAUAAAGUGCUGUCGAGAAUGGAUGAAAGCUUCAGAUCUGAGAGCUUUUUGUCAGCAUAUAUUUCGUUAG